GUCAUCAACACUUCCGGGUCCACGUAUCGAAGAGGAUCACCAACAUUACCGAUGACAGAUAAUGAACUUUUACUUAGUUUAUUUACAGUGCUUUACUUUUUCAUGCCCACCCGUUAAGCCUAGACGGUAGCCGGGUAGAUACAAACAAUCUGAGACAAGGACGGUCGUUUCAAACGGAUGCAAAAUGUCUUGGUUUACUGACUUGGCUGGAAAGGCUGAAGACUUCCUGAAUAAAGUGGACCAGGGAGCUGCUACUGCCCUGACCAAAAACCAAGCAAGAACCUCCUCCUUUUCAUCCCCAUUUGAAGAAGAACCCACUGUCAGUCCUGAGUACAACACUGCAGGGUACAAGGCCGACACAGCUGUUACACAUCCCACCUUUCCAUCAUCACUAAGUGCACCAAACUUAAUUUCUGCAGUAGCUGGCAACAUCAAGAAAUCCAAUGCAACCUUGUUGGCUGGCACAGCUAAUGUACCCAGCACACCCUCUGCUUCUGGCAGCGGCACCGCCAACUCUGCCAAGACAUCAUCUGGCUUUGUGAGACCCAAAAAGAGUGAGCAGGAUGUGGACGAAGACAUGCUCUUUGACUUUCUGAACAGCUCAGAACCCCCAGCAGCCACCAACAGGAGGGAAUCAAGAAGGGAACUUACCAAAGUGGUUCCUGUUAUGGAGGCCCAAGACCCAACACAUCCUCCUCCCUCCACCAGUCCUUAUACAAUCCCCUCUGUCCCGUCCACACCUCCCUCAACCCGCGGUGUAUCCAGGGCCUCAAGCCUCAGCUCGCUGUCGGCUUACAGCAUCAAAACCUCCGAGGAGAGCUCUGCUAAAGAGCAGACCCAAGAAAGAAUUGAGAGUUCAGACUCAGGCUUGACUGUCUCUCAGGACACCAGCAGGCAGGAGCCUCCUCCCCCAACUGUGGAGCCACAGAGCCAGAUCCUGUCCAGUCUGCGUCUGGAGAACCAGCUGUUGCGCACUGAAGUGGCCUCCCUCAACCAGGAGAUGGCUUCAGUCAUCCAGAGAGCAAAAGACUUGCAAGAUGAGUUGAACAAGGCGAGGUUACGUGCAGACAAAUGGAACUCGGAGAAUUCUCAGUCUGACCGUACUUUACGGGAACUUCGCUCACAAAUCGACGACCUGGAGCAGGCACUUUCAGCCAAAGACGGACAACUUGCAGUGCUGAAGAUCAGACUCGAUGAAGCCGAUCAGCUGCUGAAGUCUCGCAGUGCUGCACUAGAGGAGGCACAGAAGGAAAGGUCAAGAAUUAUUCAGGAUCACACAGAAGGGAGCAGCCUACAUUCUCAAGCUCUUGAGACGAUACAGGAGAGGCUGCGAGAGGCUGACAUUGCUCUCAGAAGGGAACAGGACAGCUUCCGGCAGAUGCAGAGUGAGUACACUGGUCGACUGUCCAAACUGGAGGCAGAGAGGCAUACCCUUGCAGAGACUGUGACUGCAGCAGAGCGACGAGCCGCUGAGGAGAAGUUAAGGGUCGAUGACCUCCAACAGCAAAUGAAAAGUGCCAAAGCAGCAGCUGAGUCUGCCAAACAGGAGUUACAAGACUAUAAGCACAAAGCUUCACGCAUCUUACAAUCUAAAGAGAAGCUAAUCAGCAGUUUGAAGGAGGGGUCUGGUCUGGACAACCUGGAUGGCAGCGGGGCCAUUGUUCUGGAGCUGGAGGAGCUGCGUCACGACAAGGAGCUGCAGAGGGAGGAGAUUCAAAAACUACAGGGGCAGGUUCUCACACUUCGAACAGAAAUCCAGGAUUUAGAGAACCAGGCUCUGACGGAGACAGACGCAUGGCGGGAGCAGCAGAUGCAGUUACAGGACCAACAGGCCUUACAGAACAGAGCUAAACAGGAAAUGGAGGUUGAGGUGGAGCGCUACAAACAGGAGCUGCAGUACCUAGAAGAAGAGCAGCAUAGAGCCAAAGCAACUCUGCAAAGUCGAAUCAAAGACAGAGAAGAUGAAAUCCAAAAACUCAGGAACCAGUUAACCAACAAGACUCUCAGCAGCAGCAGCCAAAUAGAGCUGGAAAACCGUCUCCACCAGCUGACGGAGACUCUGAUCCAGAAGCAGACGAUGUUGGAGUCUCUGGGCACUGAGAAAAGCUCCCUGGUGUUCCAGCUGGAGCGUCUGGAGCAGCAGCUGAAGAACGCUCAGGGUGGACAAAGUGGAGGGCCGGCCAUCAACAUGAGCACCCUUGAGGGACCAGGAGCACGACAAAGAAACACACCAGUCCUCUUCAGUGAUCAGGACAGUCCUGGAGUUUAUGGUAAAGUACGUAAGGCAGCCAGUACCAUCGACCGUUUCAGCAUCAGACUGGGAAUCUUCUUGAGACGCUACCCUAUAGCCAGAGUUUUCGUUAUUCUGUACAUGGCUGUACUGCAUCUGUGGGUCAUGAUUGUUCUUCUGACUUACACACCAGAAAUGCAUAGUGGGCAGCCUGGUGGAAGAUAGAAGAAGUGAACAUUUUGAAUGGCUGGGGUUUUAGAUGUUGAAGAUGUUUCUUCCUUCGAUGUAAGGCUGGUAUUGACUGCUGGAACACGGGCUCUGGGACCUGAACCUCCCUGUUUUGCACAGAAAUGUUACAAAAUGAAGACAUUUGCUCUUGAUUCUUCUUGAUCAUUUCUAACAGAAGAUUAAAAAAGCUGACAGCUGCGUUUUGUUUUUAAAAUAAUUACAGAGUGAUAUAUUGUUAUUGUUGGUCUGCUGAAAGGACAUUAAAUCAAACGUGAGCUCACAUAUGUUCAUUUCUUCUGCUUUCAGACAUCCAUUCUCCUCAGAGAUUGUAUUUAACACUAUGUAAAAAAAAAAGAUUGAGUCUUUUAAUAAACAAAUUGGGGGAAGACA